CGGAACGCGCGAUGCGGACGACGAUUGAGGUUGGAGGCUGCGGGCGGCGACUCCACCGCUCUCGGCCCAGGACUCCAGAUGCAGGAUCCGCCCCGCAGGAGAGCGCAGAAGCAGCCAACAUGCCUAUCUCCAAGUGCCCGCCAAAGUCGGAGCCCCUGUGGAAGGCGUGGGACCAGAAGGCCCAGAAGAACGGACUGAGGCACCAGGUGUUCGCUGUCAAUGGUGAUCACUAUGUGGGCAAGUGGAAGGACAACAUGAAACAUGGGAAAGGAACACAGGUCUGGAGGAAGAAUGGAGCCAUCUAUGAGGGGGACUGGAAAUUUGGGAAGAGAGAUGGCUAUGGCACCCUCAGCGUUUCUGACCAAGAGACCGGAAAGUACAGGAGAGUCUACUCAGGCUGGUGGAAGGGCGAUAAGAAAUGUGGCUAUGGGAUCCAGUUUUUCGGACCCAAGGAGUAUUACGAGGGUGACUGGUGUGGCAACCAGCGCAGCGGAUGGGGCCGCAUGUACUACAGCAACGGAGACAUCUACGAGGGCCAGUGGUGCAAGGACAAGCCAGAAGGGGAGGGCAUGUUACGCCUGAAGAACGGGAACCGCUACGAAGGCAACUGGCAGAGAGGCAUGAAGAAUGGGUCGGGGCACUUCUUCCACCUGGACCAUGGUCAGCUGUUUGAAGGCCUCUGGGUUGACAACAUAGCCAAGUGUGGCACAAUGAUUGACUCUGGCCGUGAUGAGGCCCCCAAGCCCACCCAGUUCCCCAUUCCUGAGGUCAAAAUUCUAGAUCCUGACGGCGUGUUGGCGGAAGCUUUGGCCACGUUCAAGAAGACAGAGGAAGAAGGAGAUUGAUGCCAGAAAGAACACCAGCGCUUCAGGAGGAAUUCAAACCGGAGUCACCCAACUGCUCGGACCGGUGCGGCUCCCACUGGUGGAGCAAGGGGGGACUUGGGCACACCCUCGGCACCCUCAGAAGGCACCUUACUCCUCCCAGCACUGGAUCAUUCCUUACCAGUAGGAGGCCAGUGCUCCUCUCCCCUGCUGGCCUUGGGGACGCCUUUAUUCUUGGACCCCAUCCCUGAGCAACCCAGAAUAAAGGAGAG